AUGUGCCCCAGAGUGACGGUUCAUGAUUAUCAUAUCGUGGAUAGUACUUUUAUCCCAUACCGAUCUACUUCAUCCGCUCCGGAUAAAAAGAAUAGAUAUGAGAGCGAACCGAGCCAGAAAUUCUCCGGAUUUCUCCUAGCUGCCGGGAUUGCUACACUUGUUGGCGGAAUCUUCGCAUUUCGUUGGUAUGUCAAUCGUGAACCAAGCUAUGCCGAUUUGGCCAGAGAGUCGAGGCGAAAUUUGGAGCGUCCCUCUCUCCGUCCCAACGAGUCUAAUGUGAAGCUAGAUUCAGCCACGACAAACUCCCUUGCAACUGCUCAUGUACUUGAGGAAGCGGAAAUUGGACAUACUGAAGCGGUUACCCUACCGGAUACUCAGACCGUACAGUCUGCAUCAUCCACGGAAGGACAAGAGCAAGAUCACGCGGUAGCUGCCAAGGAAUCGGUUACAGAAGCUCCAGUAAAACCCUCCGAUCUGCAGUAUAUCAAUCCAGAACACGCUGGAUUCCCAACCAAAGUGCGCUAUCUGGUAAUCGGUUCUGGAACUGCCGGUCUGUCCUGUGCCCGGGCCAUCCGUGCAGCAGACCCGAUGUCACGCGUCCUAAUGGUCGCGGGUGGCACGGGACCAUCGGACUACGCGGAGCCCGGAAUCCCCGAAACCAAUCAAGUAGAGCCACCACCGUAUUUGAGACCUCCAUUAAGUAAGGAAUUAUGGCGGCGAAACAAGGAACGCGAGGCUCGUCUGUUGCAAACUACGGGUGACAUUCGAAGACAUUCUUGGCUGUACUACGAAGCGGAGAGUUUCUUCCUUAAACCUGAAGAGUUAAAUACAGUUGAGUACGGUGGUGUCUCGUUGCUCCGUGGCGAUCCGGUUGUUCGACUGGACCCGGACAAACAUAUGGUUACACUGGCCUCUGGACGUCAGAUCACCUAUGAGCGUUGUUUGCUCGCCACGGGCGGUCGACCCAAACGUUUGCGUCAGUUGGAAGUCUGUUCACGGACCGGUGAAAAUCUGACACAAACAGGGCAUGUAUCCUACUUCCGCACGUUGGCCGAUUAUAGGUGA